UCAGCCGAAACCUUGAAUUCACGAUUUUCGAAAGCCAAAAUUUCCAAGUCGGCUAACUUGUUGAAUUCAGGAUUUUGGAGAACUAAAAUCUUGAAGUCAGCCAAAAUCUAAAAUUCACGAUUUUGGAAAGCCAAAACCUUGAAUUGAGGAUUUUGGAACGCUAAAAUUCUGAAGUCAGCCAAAAUCUUGAUUUCAGGAUUUUGGAAAGCCAAAAUCUUGAAAUCAGCCAAAACCUUGAAUUCAUGGUUUCUAAAAGCAAAAAUCUUGAAUUCAGGGUUUUGGAACGCUAA